AUGGGCAUGACCAUUCUGUGGUAUCACGCCCUCACCACCCGAUUGUGGAAGCUGCUGGUGAAUCCAGGACCACAAUCGCCCGAACCGAGUCGAGGUCAAACUGCAUCAAAUGUCCUCACCCAACACUACCGUAACUUUCUGGAUGACGACUUGAUAUCGCCUCCGCCAACACCCAAAGACCCCGCCGAUAACAUUCCAGAAGUACUUCCGUCUGCCAACCCUGCGAAUGGCAGUCUAGCCCCAAUUGCUGCUGAUGACCUAGGAAUUUCUCCCCUUUUGGACGAUCACCACCUGGCAGCAACCACUAGGGUUUCUAAGACUCUCAAACGCAAGCCAGCCAAGGGAUUAGCCGGGCUGACACCAGAAGAACUGGCUUUGGACGCCAGUUUGGAUGACGAUGCCCUUCCCACAACCGCGGCGACUGCACGGGAUAUCGGUGACUCCUCUCGACCGACCCAACGCAAGGCGGCCAAACGCGUCUCAGCUGUCAAACGUGUAGCAGGUUUGACACCUGAAGAAAUGGCAUUGGACGAUAGUUCUGAGGACGACACAGUUUGCCAUUCUCGCACGUAG